AUGAUUACUUUAUUAAUUUGUGUUUUUAUAAGUUGUAUACCAUUAUCAUAUAGUGCAGAGAAUAUUGUGUUAAUUCUUGCUGAUGACUUGGAUAUAUUUCUUGAUGGCAUGACACCAAUGAAAAACACUUUGGAUUUAAUUGGAAGCAAAGGUGCAACAUUUUCAAAUUGUUUUGUCGCUUCGCCUAUUUGUUGUCCAAAUAGAGCAUCAAUUUUAACUGGAAGAUAUCAACACAAUCAUUUAGUAGUAAAUAAUUCAAUUCCUGGUGGGUGUAAUAAUAUUAAAUGGCAAAAAUUACAUGAACCAAAUACAUUUGCUGCACAUUUAAAUAAAGAAAUGCUGUACACAACUUUUUAUGCUGGAAAAUAUUUAAAUCAGGUAUAUGUGUACAAAAAUUACUCUUUGUCCAUUAAUGGAACAAAAAAAAAAUUUGGCAGUGACUCAACUGAUUAUCUUACUGAUGUAAUUAGUACAUUGGCAGUAGAAUUUAUUAGAACACGUAAUUCAAAUGAUCAACCAUUUCUUAUGGUUUUAGCACCACCUGCACCUCAUGCACCUUUUACACCAGCAAAGAGACAUAUUAACACAUAUAAAGGUGUAAAAGCUAAGAGAACACCUAAUUUUAAUACACAAACACAAAUGGAUAAACAUUGGUUAGUACAAAGAGGACCAUCUCCCCUUCCUAAUAAUUUAUUGCCUAAAUUAGAUGAAAUAUAUAGUCAAAGAUGGGAAACAUUGUUAGCAGUUGAUGAACUUGUAAAAAGUGUGCAUGAAUCUUUAAAACAACAAAAUCUUUUAAACAAUACUUAUAUUAUAUUUACAUCUGAUAAUGGAUAUCAUAUUGGUCAGUUCAGUAUGCCUAUUGAUAAACGUCAACCAUAUGAAACAGAUAUUAGAGUUCCAUUGUUAAUACGUGGUCCUGGAAUUUCACUAUCAAAAAUUUCUGCACCUGUUAGCAGUGUUGAUCUAUUUGCUACAAUUUUAGAAAUAGCUGGUAUUCAACAUCCAUCAGAUGGCACAUCUUUCUUACAACAGACAUUAUCAGAGGAUAGAACUCUUUUAAUAGAAUACAGGGGAGAAAUAUCUAAAGGUAUUCCAUCAUCAGGUUGUCCAAGUGAUAAUGAUCCAAACCUUACAUUAUGUACAAAAGAUAUGGCAUGUAAAUGUGAAGAUGCUGGAAAUAAUACUUUCAGUUGCAUACGACGUGUAUCUCCAGCCUAUAAUAAUAUUUUUUGUAUUUUUGAAGACAAUAAGCACUAUGUUGAGGCAUAUAAUAUAACUACAGAUAAAUACCAAAUGAAAAAUAUUGGAUACACCAUGAAACAUCAUCAUAGAUAUAGGUUCAGAAAGAGUCUUAAAAAAAUGAGUUAA